AAUUUUUUAAUUUUUUAAUUUUUUUUACUUUUGAAGAUCAACUCUAUAAAUACUCUCCUCCUCUUCGCUUAACUCACUCACAAUUCUCCCUGCUUUCCUAAAUACAAACACGCUUAUUUUUUCCAUUGUUCAUAUCUUUCUUCUUCAAAGUCUCCCAAUGGCUGGUGUUGAGGUUGAGAAAACGGUUCCAAACACAGAAGAGAAGACGACGACGACCGAGGCAACAACGAUCGAGACGCCGAAGGAAACCGUCCAUGCAGAUGACUCAGCCACUGCGGUUGAAGUUGAAAUCAAAGAAGAUGAAGAAGAAGCACCAAAGGUAGAGAAAGAGACUGAAAAACCCGAGACAGCUCCGGUUAAAGAGGAGAAACUGGUUGAAACUCGGGCAGCUGUGGAGGAGAAAGAUGUUAAGCCAGCGGCAGAAGAGGAGAAGACUGUUGAAGUCAAGACAUCCUAAGAUGCUUGUCUUUCUCUCUCACCCAUGAGAACAUUUCUGUUUUGUUUAAAUCCUAUAUUUCCGCAUAAUAAUAAGAUAAUCCAGGUGCUAUUAUUGUAAUGUUUAUUUAAUAUAUAUAAUGAUAUUAUGUGUUUUCCUUUUU